UGGACUCUUCCCCAAAGGAUGGAAGGAGCCAAUUUCUGCCUUUUUGCAAAAGCAAGCAGAAAAUAGGAGAGGGGUUCCAGUAAGGGAGGAGUGUGUCCCCUCUCUCUCUCUCUCUCUCUCUCUCUCUCUCUCUCUCUCUCUCUCUCUCUCUCUCCCCCUCCCCCUCCCCCCUCCCUCCUCCUACUCCUGCUCCAGCAAAGCUCUCCUCUGUCCGAUUGCCCCCUCCCUCUCCAAAAUGUGCCAGGUGUUUUUUUUGCAGAGGGAAAAAAGGGGUUAAAGGGGCCGUCCCUUGCACUCCUAGAGAGGCUUCUAGGAGGAGGGAGUUACUUCCUCCCCCGUUUGGGAAAAGUUGGGAGGGGUUUGACCCUAUAUAGGAGGCCACGGCUGCGGAGGUGCCUGUUCCUGCGACAGAAACACCCCUGUGCUUGGGAUCUCUUGGGCAGCAGUGCAGAGUGACCCUGCAGACUCUCUGCGCCCAGAGCAAAGUGAGAAGCGCCACUUGAAUUGCCAGGAACCUCGUUGGUUUGUGAGACUGAUCAGGACCCUCCUCACCGAGCAAGAAUGAAAGUGAAGUUGGAGCAAGGAGGUCAUUUGGAGUCAUUUGGAGCUGCACUUGAGCACAGAGAGAAAAUGCAUGCGCACAGCCAAGGAGGCAGCGAACUGGGGAAGGGAGCGGGAAGAGAUCCUCACGCCGUGGAGGCUGGGAGCAGCGGGGAAUUCUGGGGAGGAAACAUGCAGAAGAUCAUGGGUAGAGACAACGUUAGCUCAGAUACACUGUACCAGUGCUUCAGGCAUUUCCGCUACCAGGAGGCUGAGGGACCGCGGGAGGUCUGCAGCCGACUUCACGACCUUUGCCGUCAGUGGCUGAAGCCGGAAAGGCACACAAAAGCUCAGAUGCUGGACCUGGUGAUCCUGGAGCAGUUCCUGGCUGUCCUCCCCCCGGAGAUGGAGAGCUGGGUCAGGGAGUGCGGAGCGGAGACCAGCUCCCAGGCGGUGGCUCUGGCGGAAGGUUUCCUCCUGAGCCAGGCCGAGGGGAAGAAGCAGGAAGAGGAGCAGGCUUCUCUAUCCUUUGAGGAAGUGGCUGUGUGUUUCACCAAGGAGGAGGAGGAGGAGGAGGAAUGGGCUCUGCUGCAUCCCAGCCAAAGCGCCCUGCCCAGGGAAGUCUUGGUGGAGGAUUUGGGGAACCUGGCCUCUCUAGCAGGUGGCGGGUGGGACAGUAAGGACAAUGACAGACCAUGUGAGAGAAACAAGCUUCAAGAAAUGGAAGAGAACUUCAUAAAUACAGAACAACUGAAACAGCAGGAGGGAAACCAAAUGGAGAAGUGGGUUAAUGAAUCCAUUACUCCCCAGGGUGAUAACUGUCAUGGAAUUCCAAUUCAGCAAGAAAACCAGAAAGGGACAAGAAGGAAUGCCUGUCCAGUAUUGGGGAAAAAUCACAAAUCGGACAUUAAUGUCCACUGGAAAAUUCACACAGAAGAGAAACCAUAUAAAUGUAUGGAAUGUGGAAAGAACUUCAGCCAGAGCACCCUCCUUAGGUUACAUCAGAGAAUCCACACAGGGGAGAAACCCUAUAGCUGCUCAGACUGUGGGAAGAGAUUUUAUGAUAGAUCUCAUCUCAACAGCCACAAAAGAACCCACACUGGGGAAAAACCGUAUAAAUGUCUGGAGUGUGGAAAGAACUUCAGUCACAAGGUAAACCUUACCUCCCAUCAAAGAAUUCAUACAGGAGAGAAACCUUAUAACUGCUCAGACUGUGGGAAGAGCUUUUGUGACAAACAGAAUCUUAUUCGACACCAAAGAAUCCACACAGGAGAGAAACCAUAUAAAUGCCAGGAGUGCGGGCAGAACUUCAGGCAGCGUGCAACCCUCACUUCACAUCAAAGAGUCCACACAGGGGAGAGACCAUACCAAUGCUUGGAAUGCGGAAAGUGCUUUUUUAGGAAAGCAGAACUAAACAGACACCACAGAAUCCACAAAGGGGAAGAAAGACCAGUCAUUUCUUGGAGUGUCGAAAUGGCUUCAGAUGGUGUAUCAAUCUUAUGUCCCAUUAGAGAACAUGCAGAGGAAAAUCAAUGUAUAACUUCUGAGAUUAAGCAGGAACAUUAUUGGUAUGGACAUAGAUUAGAAGAAGGGGGUCACAGCAGUGAGAAUGCUGUCCUUCAAAAUAAAAUAUUUUGGCCUUGGUGGGAGCGGCAUUGGAGCACAGAUUUGAAAAUGGAUGCACAGGGCCCAGUGGGAGAGGUACCAGUAAAAGACCCUGAAACCACCCAGGGUGGCAGUAGUGGAGAACCUCUGAAGGGACCUGAAUGGGAGAUCCUGACAGGAGAAGAUGUUGGUUCAGAUGUUCAGCGCUGGCACUUCAGGAACUUCCACUACCAGGAGGCCAAGGGCCCCCGAGAGGUUUGCAGCCGACUCCACACCCUUUGCCAUCAGUGGUUGAAACCAGAAAGGCACACAAAGACUGAGAUGCUGGAUCUGGUGAUCCUGGAGCAGUUCCUGGCCGUCCUCCCCCUGGAGGUGGAGAAUUGGGUCAGGGAAUGUGGAGCAGAGACCACUUCCCAGGCGGUGGCCCUGGCAGAAGGUUUCCUCCUGAGCCAGGCCGAGGGGAAGAAGCAGGAAGAGGAGGUGCAGGUACAAGACCCGUUCCUGGAGGACGUUGUCGGCUACCCUGAGUCGGAGAAAUACCUAUCCGAACUUUGUGAGAAGCCAUUCUUUGGGGGGAGCUCCCAGGAGGUGCAAUCCAGGGAUGCUUCACUGGGAAACGUGAUAACGUUGCUGAUACCCAUCAAAUUGGCUUCCGUUUCUGUUGGAGGAGAAGCAGCAGCUACACAACCAGCUAAGGCUUCCACGUCCUUUGAGGAGGUGGCCGUGCAUUUCACGGAGGAGGAAUGGGCUCUGCUGGAUCCAGGCCAGAGGGAUCUGCACAGGGAAGUCAUGGUGGAAGGUUUUGGGAAUCUGAUCUCGCUAGGCAGUGGAAACACAGUGGCCAUUCUUUCUAGGUCGUCUCCAAUUUAUGUUGGAGUGGAAAUGGUUAGUGCUCAGUCACAGGACCAGGAUCCAGUGACCUUUGAGGAGGUGGCUGUGUGUUUCACGGAGGAGGAGUGGGCCCUGCUGGAUCCUGGCCAAAGGGCUCUGCACAGGGAAGUCAUGGAGGAGAAUUAUGGGAAUCUGGCCUCUCUGGCAUCUCUUAACACCUCACAUCCCUCAACCUUCGAGGAGGUGGCUGUAUCUUUCACAGAGGAGGAAUGGGCUCUGCUGGAUCCAGGCCAGAGGGAUCUGCACAGGGAAGUCAUGGAGGAGAAUUACGGGAAUCUGGCCUCUCUGGAUGGCUGGAGGGAGAGUGAAAAUGAGGGUGAACAACUGUGUAAGAAAACUAAAGCGAAGUUGAAGCGGAAGAAGAAAUCUGUUGCUUCUAAAGGGACUGCCUGCCGUGGGAUCCCGAUCCAAGGAGAAAGUCACAAAGGAAAUCAAGCUCCUCUAACAGAAAAUUUAUUUGCUAGUAAAUCAGCCCUUAGUGUACGCCACAGGAUUUACAGUGCUGAGAAAGCACUGAGAUGCUCUGAAUACAGAAAUAUCUUUAGUCAAAGAAAGAUCUUCAGUCAAACAAAUACCCUUAAACAACAUCAAACGAGCCACACAAGUGCAAAAGCGUAUAAAUCAGAGUGUGGAAAAAGCUUCUGCUGGAAGAGCAACUUUACUGCAUACCAACAGGUGCACACAGGGGAGAAAUCCUAUAAAUGCUCAGAGUGUGGAAAGAGCUUCAGCUGGAAAGAGGUCCUUAUUAGACAUGAAAGAAUGCACAUGGGUGAGAAACCGUAUCAAUGCUCGGAGUGUGGAAAAAGGUUCCGUUGGAAGUGUGAUGUUGCAACACAUCAGCGAGUGCACACUGGGGAGAAACCGUAUAAAUGCUCAGAGUGUGGAAAGAGCUUCCGUUGGAAGGGUGACCUCACUAGACAUCAAAAAAUGCACAUCGGUGAGAAAUCAUAUAAAUGCUUAGAGUGCGGGAAAAGGUUUCGUUGGAAAAGUGACAUUACAACACACCAACGACUGCACACUGGAGAGAAACCGUAUAAAUGCUCAGAAUGUGGAAAGAGCUUCCGUUGGAAGGGUGACCUUACUAGACAUCAAAAAGCACACAAUGGGAAGUGUAUAAAAUCAGAAUAAGCAGGGUUUUCCGACCAAUUGGACCUUAAUAAGCAACAGGAAAGGUGGAGACCACGUGAAAGUUCAAAAUAUACAAAAAUUCCAUCGGGACACAAACAACAGAGUAAUUGAAGGAAGCAUGUUGCUCCCACAUCAAGUUGCCUGCAUACCGGGAUCAUCUUUGGAGAGCCUUGUGCAGGUGCCCUGCCACUGGAGGUGAAGUGGGUGGCAAUUGGAGGUAGAGGCAUUCUUGGCGGUAAUUGUGGAACUCUGUCCCUGCGUUAGGAAAGGAUGCAUUAGAGUCCCCAUCAUACACCACACCUGAGUAUUGUCUUGCUUUUGCUGGCUGCCUGUGGCAAUUAAGCCCAUUUCCCCAGAAGCCGUGUGAUCCCUACUAGCACUUGAACAGAGCCAUGCAGUCAGUUGCCAUCACAACGGGAGGAACUGUUGAAGGCUUGACCUAGUUCCAUCAUUUUGUGCCAUUUUAUGUACUGUCUUCAUGCAGUUACCAUUGUUCGAUGCACUUCACUAACCCAAGUGGUGACUACGGCAGGAAUGGGAAACCUUUUUCCCCCUGAGAGCCACCUUCCUUUUUGGGCAACCUCCCCACCUACAAUUCCUGAGCAACUGUUAUCCUGAAGCAUCCUGCCUCGGUGCAGGUAUUGGAGGCUUCAUCCUCCCUAAAUUUGUGUUAGUCUCCAUGAAGUUUUCCCAGAAGGGCUGAAACAGGCUCUCUGCACCUGUUUUAUUGGAUAGCUCUUAGCUUCACCUUGGCUGGUUGGAAUUGGCAUGAUCUGGCUUGAACACAUCGGCUGGGGAAGGAAUAAAAGCUUCUCUCAGAGAGCACUGUGUACCUUUGCUACCAAAAGAGGUGGUGCCACAAUUAAGAACAUAAGAAGACCCUGCUAGAUCAAGGCAAUGGCCCAUCUAGUCCAGCAUCCUGUUCUCACAGUGACCAACCAGAUGCCUGGGGAAAACCUGCAAGAAGGACAUGAGCAUGAGGUCCUCUUGAGCCCCCCGUGGUUUCCCGCAACUGGUACUCCGAAGCAUACUGCCUCCGACUGUAGGGGCAGCCUUUGAUCCUUCACUUUUAUCUAAACCUCUUUUAAAUCCCUCCAAGUUGGUGGCCAUCACUGCCUCCUCUGGGAGCGAGUUCCAGAGCUCAACUAUGUGCUCUGUGAAGAAGUACUUUCUUUUAUCUGUUCUGAAUCUCCCAGCAUUCAGCUUCAUUGGUGGUUUAACUUGGGGAUUGUUUCAUAUUUAGACAUGUUGUUUGUUAGUUGCUCUUAAUCUGGGGAUUCUUUCAUAUUUAGAAAUACUGUUUCUGACUUGUUAGCCGUCAUGUGUUCCCUGGAAAGUAGGUGACAUACAAGUUUUUAAAGAAAUAAACAGAGCAAUAGCCUGUG